AUGCUAGUCACCUUCCAUGAUCGGAUGCAGGCACCACAUUCAGGAGAGUUGUCUUUGGCCCUACCACUGGGCUAUCAGGGGACUGAGCAGGGCUGGUAUUGGGGAUUGGACCAGUCCCAUGGUCUUAGAGAUGUCCAGGGCAAAUAUGGAAGUGACAGGGGCCUAGCUUCUCUGCUCCAAGCUGGACUGAAUUCUGUGUGCUGUGAAGGCCACGUAUGCCAUAGUUGUCACCACAGACUCACCCUUCAGAAGGUAGAUAUCCCAGAGCCUCAGGACGAGCCUGAAGGACGUCAGCAGGAACAGCGGGAUCUUUUCCUCUUUGUGACCAUAAGAAUCUUCAAGGGAAACCAGAUCAUUUCAUUCCUUUCCUUUCUUCCUUCUCUUGACAGCUUAAUUGCAGAAGCGGUUGGAAUUGCUUCGACCGAACAGAUGGCCUGCACUGGAGAAUUGCCUGUCCUAACUAGGAUCAGGCAGCAAAACAGGACACAAGAGAUUGAGAGUCCAGAGGCCCCCAUGCCCAGAGACUGCAUAUUCACAUGGAUGAGGGAGCCAGGGCUAUACCGAGCUCUGAUCAGACUGACAUUUGGAGCACAGCAGUCGAUGCUCACACAGACACUGCCUGAGCCUCAUAUCCCUGGAGAAAGGCAGAUUUCCUUAUUUUCCAGUGGUGACCAGGAGGCACAGAACCCAGACCUGCUAUCCCAGCUCUGUGGAGUCUUCCUUCAAAAUGAGAAGAAUAAAAUCGCACAUAUGCUAAUGAGCACGGCAGUGGGGCAGCAGGCCCUGCCCUUGAAGAUCAUUGCCCCCACAGCCGUGCUGGUCUCCCUCUGUGGGGUCUUAUUGAAUGGCACUGUUUUCUGGCUGCUUUGCUGUGGGCCCACGAAUCCCUACACAGUGUACAUCCUCCACCUGGCUGCUGCUGGCGUGAUCUAUCUUUGCUGCUCGGCUGUGGGGUUCUUACAAAUGAUUCUGCUAACUUAUCAUGGAGUUGUGUUUUUUAUCCCUAAUUUCCUGGCCAUAGUGUCUCCCUUCUCCUUUGAGGUGUGUCUCUGUCUCCUGGUGGCCAUCAGCAUAGAGCGGUGUGUGUGCGUCCUCUUCCCCAUCUGGUACAGAUGCCACCGCCCAAAAUACACAUCUACUGUUGUUUGCAGCCUUAUCUGGGCCUUGUCUCUUUGCACCAACAUAGUAAAUUCACUUUUCCUAAUUUACUGGAAACAUGUAGAGGCAUGUGUCAUAUUUCUAAAGAUUUCUGAGGUCUUCCAUGGUAUCCUUUUACUUGUGAUGUGUGUGUCCAGUCUGACUCUGCUCAUUAGACUUCUAUGCUGCUCCCAGCAGCGAAAGGCCACCAGGGUCUAUGUGGUCGUGCAGAUCUCAGCCACCAUGUUCCUGCUCUGGGCCCUACCCCUGACCAUGGCAUCCUUCAUAUCAGAUUUCAAAAUGUUGGUCACCACUUCCUAUUUAAUUUCCUUGUUCCUCAUUAUAAAUACCAGUGCUAACCCUAUCAUUUAUUUCUUUGUGGGCAGCCUCAGAAAGAAAAGGCUGAAGGAACCUCUCAGAGUGAUUCUGCGACGGGCAUUAGCAGAUAAGCCAGAGCUGGGGAGGAACAAAAAGGCAGUUGGCAUUGACUCAGUGGAGCAGCAGGACUCUACUCAGCAUGUGGAGAAUCUUCUUCCCAUGGAGCACCAAGUCAAAGUGGAAACAUGAUUUUCCACAUCUGAGUAGGGGACUUUUACACAUAGUAACCCAGCCUGUUCUGCUUCAUAAGACUG